GGCAAGUAAUUUGAGCGCCAAAGAGCAAACUUUUAAGUUGUUACUGGUUGAAUGUGUUUUUUACUGCUCCGCCGUCUCCGGCCGCGAGGAGGCCGAGGUGAAGUUUGUGUUCGAGGGCCGCAAACAGGAGACUCGACGGGUCUGCGACACCGAAUAUAACGACCAAAUACUGCUCCGAUUUGCAUGAACGGAAACAGGUUUGCCUCGACUAGCGGAGGACCGGCCGGUACACAAACAUGACCGACUCCGGAGAAACGGCAAGUGUUCCCGGCUCCUCCGGCCUCGGCAGCGGGACCGGGCAGAGUUUCACAGCGGGCCGAGGGCUCCCGGGGCGGGUCAGGAGUCUCUCCUCCCCCUCUCCAUCUGCCAGGCUAACAUCACUCAGAACCAGGGACCUAACGCUGGGGGGAGCGUUAAAAAAAGCAAAGAAAACCUUUGAGCCAAACGUCCAUGCUGUGAGAAAAAGCAAAGACGAGUUAAAAGAGGAGAACCACGUGUUAUUGAAGAAGGAGAGACUUUAUAGGGAUAAAAGUAGACGAGAGAACAAAGGGAGGAGGAGAGAGAGGCCUCAGAUCAUCCAGUCUCACUCCAUCUUUGAGCAGGGUCCUGCUGACACCGUUCGGAAAACAGGCUGGCGUGGUUCUACAGACCUGCAGGACGGCGCCACCUCUCCAAUGUGUAAACUUGUAAAGAAAGAGAGAAGGGACUCGGAGGAAAAUGACGAUGAAGAUGAGAUACUUAAUAAAUUACAGAGGGAUGAUUUCAUAGAUGACCCUGGUCUAAGGAACGAUGCCAAACUGAAACCCACCCAGCUGCCUCUGUGUCAAACCCUGAGUGCCACCACAAUGCGUCCAGAGAGCCGCUCUACAUUCAAACCCUCAAGCCAAAGCAGAACAAUGUUGCCCAAACCGGAGCAGCCCUCGGUGGCAGAGCUGCUGCAGAAUCUCAGCCUGUCUGGCAGGGAGGAGCUCUUCUUCAUGCAGCUACCUGAUAGUAUGCCGGGCAGAGAUUCUGCACAGAAGGCAGACACCUCUUUGGGAUCAACGGUGAAGAAAGCUGCCAAGAAGGAAGGCAAGCCUGAAGAGAAGAGACCUGCACAUCUACAACUCCAGGAGGCUGUGGCGAAGGAGGGCUGUCCUGUGCUCUCUCAACUACCAGAGGGAUUUCUGGGUAAACUGCAGAUCAGGAAGUCAGGAAAAGUGGAGCUGAAGCUGGGUCACAUUGUCAUGGACGUCUCUGAGGGAGCUGCAUUCUCCUUCCUGCAGGAACUGGUGUCCGUGCGUCUGUCCGAUGGUCGAACCGGAGAGAUGAUGGUGUUAGGAAACGUCCAGCACAAACUGGUGCUGUCUCCUGACUUCCAGGUCUUACUGAAACAGGCUGCAACGCAGCAGCAAGCCCUGUGAUCUCCUGUCUCCUACGGCACAGGAGACUGGCAGAAAGUCCCCUGAUCUCCUGUCUCCCAAUGCGCGAGCGACUCUUUGCAGGACUCCCGAUCUGUUGUUUUGUUACCACGCUGACAUAUCAGUGAGGAGGGUAGGACAGCUGGUUGAAGGCGUAUUGGACCAACUGUCCUUUUUUAGGCAGCUAUAUAGGUUCCCCUCAGUCACCGUUUGGAUCUUUUCUAUGCUUUGAUUUCACUGAUGACUGAACACCAGCAAGAGACACCCCAGCUCCACACCAUGUAAGUGGAAGAUUGGGACUACAGAGGACUUUCACAUUGACAUCCGACGCCUUCUCUGUACAAAGUCAUUUUUAUUCAAAACAAAACCAAUGAGCCGGUUUUUAAACUUAUUUAUGCUUUGAUAACUCAAUUGUGGUUGUUUUAGUGUAUCAGUCUGACAAUUCGCUAAUUGUGCUCCUUUAUUGUAAUGUCUGUGGUUCAAUAGACACAUUACAUUACAUUACAUUACAGGUCAUUUAGCAGACGCUUUUAUCCAAAGCGACUUACAUUAAACUCAAUGGUGCAAAGUAAAUGUACAUUCCUGGACUGCUGUACCCGUGGCUUCACUGAUGGCCCUGUUAAGAUCUGGGGCCUACCAGGUACUAGGAUUUGGUCAAACGUGGUAGGACAGCUUUCUCUUGUGUCAGCCAUGGAAGAACCUUCAGAACACAAAGCUGAUCUCAUCAAAACGUUCAUGAUGAGUGCAAUUGCUAUUCCUGAGCUGGAUUUUAUUUUAUGUAUCUGAUGUUCCUUGUCUGUUUUGUAUGGUGUGGUAUUUUUAAUGGUGUUCUAAAAAAAUGUAUAAUAAAUACAACUGUAAUUGGUCUUUUUUUUUGUAUAAAGUCAACCUACAUACAUUAUAUGAUUUCCAGUAAUGCCUGUUGUUUAUUACCUCAACAUCAUUUCAUUUCACUCAUGAGCUUCACAGAGCAAAUAAACAGCAGCUGUAAAGUAUUUAUAUGAACUACAUAUCCAAUUCCAAACUUCCCUCCUAGACUAAUUUGUGGCGGUGCGCCACAGAUUCAACACCGGCCGCCACACAUUGCGUUUGGUGUAUAUUUAUUUUUUUAACUCUUAUUUCCUUUCCGUACUCUCCCCGUCUCUGUCACCCACGCGUCUCACACACACACACACACACACACACACAGCCUCUCCCCUCCGUGCACAUCGCGUCUGUCCCGCGUGACUUUUUUUUAACAAGCCCCGCAAAAUCCGUGACUCUUACAGAAGUUGCAGACUUUGCGCAUGUAGGCUGUAACAAGUAGUAUAAGGUGUGAAAUGUGUACUUUUACUACGACCUUUGUAUAGGCGUGAAUCCCUGUUUUGUAUUUACUCCAAUAAAGUUCUGUGUUACAAAUGAA